UGAACAGAUAGUCUCUGCUCUCCUAAAAUUUGUAUUUUAUUGGGGAGAUAAUCAACAAAUACAUACAUAAUUUCAGGCAGUGUUCAGAGAAGCCAUGCCAAAGAAAUAACCUUUACUCUGAAUUCAGUGUGGUCUCUGGCUAAGAAUAUGCCCUGGCAGAAGGGAAGCCCUUUCUGUUCUCCGAAAAGAAGUGUGUUUACCAAAGCAUUAAAUGAUAAAUACAUUUUUUAACGGUAAAGUCACAGGUCUCACACAAAUACAAAAUGAGCACGUGUAAAAAAUUUACUCAUUAACCAGGGGACCAGUUAGCUGUUAGAACCAGCUCUAAGCAGAAUUUAAAGCAUCCACCUAUAUUGUUGAAUUAGGACUGGGGAAUGAAUUUACAAAUCGAUGCAAAAUGGCUUUUCCCAAGGAGGGGUAAGAUAACAAUCUGAGGGGUCUUACAGAGUUGUGCAGAGCACCACAAAGAAAAGCAGACAGCCCCUCUAGCAACAGAGUGCCCGGGACGGUGUGCCAAACUAUGACCGUUUUUUCAUUGAAGACAUUCAGUAAUUUUUUGUCCAUUUCAAUGUGUUUCAUAAUUUCUCCCUACAAAAAAAAAAAAAUCACUCAUCUCUAAAAAUCCAGCAGCGAAGUAGUUCUUCUACAUUAUCUUGCUUUCAUUUAUCUUUAAUCCUUUUGCCUUUGGCAGGGUUGGAUGGUCUUUCUUCGCCCCCACCAAGGACGCUUCGGAGGGAAAAGAGGGUGUAAAUCCAAUCCCUCCUCUCCUCCAGGCAGCCUCCCAUUUCCGCCACAGGGGCGAGGAUGGCUCAAGGCUGGGCUUGGCUCCGUCCCUUUCCCGCAGGCCCCGCCCCCAGUCCGCGCAAUAAUUGAGCUGCGCGCAAAGGUCACGUUAUCAGCCUGUGACGCUUCCCAUCCAGUACGUGGCACACAUUGCUCAGAAAAGCCCCUUGUCCCCGCUUUCUGCCAUCCGCGCUAUCUCGUGUCUCCCUUUUCCCAUUAAAUGCCUCUUUUCUUGCGGGUCUCAUCUCGGGGAUAGUAAACGACGGGGCCAUACCUAUCCCCAACUAUCCUAGGCCCAAGAACCAGCCCUUGCCGUCACGUAACAGGCGGAGACUCGCCGAGGCGAGUUGCACUUCUAAUUGGGCGUGAGGUCUUGUCAAUUCCCAAGUUCUUCCAAUCAGAAGUCCGGUUCAUCCAGCCUUCCGCUCCCCAUUGGCCUGUGUGGAGGAAGAGGGGUGGGUAAGCCGAAGUCGCUGCGCUCAGUGCGCAGGCGCUAAGAAGCUGGCAGGGGCCCGAGCCGGGGGCGGGCUUGAAGACGCGUCGUUGGGUUUUGGAGGCCGUGAAAGAGCCGUUUGGGUUUGCCUGCGGGUGGAGAACGUUUGUCAGGGGCCCGGCCAAGAAAGAGGCCCGCCUGUUACGAUGGUGUCCAUGAGUUUCAAGCGGAACCGCAGUGACCGGUUCUACAGCACCCGGUGCUGCGGCUGUUGCCAUGUCCGCACCGGGACGAUCAUCCUGGGGACCUGGUACAUGGUAGUAAACCUAUUGAUGGCAAUUUUGCUGACUGUGGAAGUGACUCAUCCAAACUCCAUGCCAGCUGUUAACAUUCAGUAUGAAGUCAUUGGUAAUUACUAUUCGUCUGAGAGAAUGGCUGAUAAUGCCUGUGUUCUUUUUGCCGUCUCUGUUCUUAUGUUUAUAAUCAGUUCAAUGCUGGUUUAUGGAGCAAUUUCUUAUCAAGUGGGUUGGCUGAUUCCAUUCUUCUGUUACCGGCUUUUUGACUUCGUCCUCAGUUGCCUGGUUGCUAUUAGUUCUCUCACCUAUUUGCCAAGAAUCAAAGAAUAUCUGGAUCAAUUACCUGAUUUUCCCUACAAAGAUGACCUCCUGGCCUUGGACUCCAGCUGCCUCCUGUUCAUUGUUCUUGUGUUCUUUGCCUUAUUCAUCAUUUUUAAGGCUUAUCUAAUUAACUGUGUUUGGAACUGCUAUAAAUACAUCAACAACCGAAACGUGCCGGAGAUUGCUGUGUACCCUGCCUUUGAAGCACCUCCUCAGUACGUUUUGCCAACCUAUGAAAUGGCCGUGAAAAUGCCUGAAAAAGAACCACCACCUCCUUACUUACCUGCCUGAAGAAAUUCUGCCUUUGACAAUAAAUCCUAUACCAGCUUUUUGUCUUGUUUAUUUUACAGAAUGCUGCAAUUCAGGGCUCUUCAAACUUGUUUGAUAUAAAAUAUGUUGUCUUUUGUUUAAGCAUUUAUUUUCAAACACUAAGGAGCUUUUUGACAUCUGUUAAAUGUCUUUUUGUUUUUUUGUUAAGUCUUUUACAUUUUAAUAGUUUUUGAAGACAAUCUAGGUUAAGCAAGAGCAAAGUGCCAUUGUUUGCCUUUAAUUGGGGGGUGGGAAGGGAAAGAGGGUACUUGCCACAUAGUUUCCUUUUUAACUGCACUUUCUUUAUAUAAUAGUUUGCAUUUUGUUACUUGCUACCCUGAGUACUUUCAGGAAGACUGACUUAAAUAUUCAGGGUGAAUAAGUAGUUGGGUAUAAGAUCUGAAUUUUUCAUCUGCGGAGACAAGAAAAAUAUUUGACAUUUUGACUUGACUGUGGAAGAUGAUGGUUGCAUGUUUCUAAUUUGUAUAUGUUUCCAUCUUUGUGAUAAGAUGAUUUAAUAAAUCUCUUUAAAUACUUA